AGGGACGUCCACAUUCGUUGCACAUGUGGAGGGCUCAAUUGAAAUUGAAAUUUCUACCUACAGCGUAUUUGUGUGGCAGCAGCAGAGAAAGAGAGAGGUGACCCAAGAUGACCUCGUCGAAUACACUACCAUACCCACGAGGAGCCUUUUUCAUCCUGGUGGGGUACCUGCUGGAGCGCUUCGUCUACUAUGGCCUCUUCGGUGGCGCCGUCUUCUACAUGCAGAGGAUGUUGGGCUUCACAUCCUCCACCGCCAAGACUGUCAAGUCCGUGAUGGAAGGAUUGAUAUAUCUGGCUCCUAUUGUUGGCGCCAUCCUAGCUGAUACGUAUCUCGGCAAGGUUCGCUUGGUGUUCUUUAUGUGCUGCGGGUAUACUGUAGGUACGAUGAUCUACGCGUUGUCCUCCGUCACGCCUAUAAUGUUAUCGGUCAGCGCGGCCAAGUUUACGGGGAUCUUCGGUCUCCUGGUGCUGGGAAUCUGUGCAGGUCUCAUGAAGGCCGUGUACUCUUCCCUCGGCGCAGAUCAGUUUAAGGUCCCCGAGCAGCGUGAACAGCAGAAGAGGUUCUUCUACGCCUUCUACUGGAUGAUCAACGCCGGAGCUUUCAUGGGUCAGUUCAUGACGGCUCAGCUGCGUGACACUGUCCAGUGCUUCAAUAACGACUGCUACUUCCUGCCCUACAUCAUCCUGGUGGUGCUCAUGGCCAUCUCCACUGCCGUCUUCGUUGUUGGUCGGUCACGCUACACGGAGGCGCCCCCAGACACUAUGCUCAUCCGGGCUGUGCGCUGCGUUGGUCACGCUAUCCGUAAAUCCUGGGACAAGGACCGUAAGCCUGUGGAACACUGGCUGGACCGCUCACAGGGCAAGUACGAAGAUCAGCUACUGCAGGACGUGAAGGUGACGCUGCGUGUGCUGCUGCUGUUCUGCACUUACCCGCUGUUCUGGGCGCUCUUCUACCAGACCUCUACCGGCAUGAUCUUCCAAGCUAAGCGUCUGGACGGACUGUUGGGUAGUUACCGCAUCCCGCCAGAGAUGUCUUCCGCCGUCAACCCACUCCUCAUCCUCACACUCAUUCCUCUCUUCGACUUGGUGAUCUAUCCACUGUGUGACCGUUUAGGUGUGCUCACCAAGACAACUUCCCGGAUGAUUGUGGGUAUGUGCUUCUCCAUCACCGCCUUCAUCGUGUACGCGAUGGUGAACAUGAGCGUUGAACAGACCCUCAUCUUGCCACAGCAGGCUCGCAUCCACGUGUACAACACACUACCCUGCCAGGUGACGGUGGAGGUGCCUCUGGCCGCUUCGGGUCAGCUGAGCUUGGAGAGCGGCGGUCAGGUGGCUCUUCCCACCUUCGACGUCAAGGUUGGUGAGCAGGUGGCGAUGCAGGUGGAGGCCUCCUGCCCCGCUCCGGACAUGACCCAGGUGAAGGUAGAUACACAGGGGGCCCAUGAGACCACAGUGGUUAUCACCUCCACGGGCGCUUUCAUCCUGCCGCCAACACUAGAGUAUAUCAAGGAUGAGGACGCCGAGACUAAGUUACGAGUCUUGGCGCCAGAGAACAACCUGCCCAACGUCACUCUCAAGUACGACAUGCUAUCCGAGCACUUCAGACUCGUCGACGGCAAGACUGAGUUCAAGCGGUUGAGUCCCCAGGAGUACAAGGUGAUGAUUGGGGAAGAUAAUGUUGGGGAUGCUCCGGUGUACCAGGACGGUGUGUACGACGUCGUCAUCACUGACACUAAGGUCUACCUCUUCCCCAUGACGGCCCCAGCCAACGUGCACAUGAUGUGGCUCCUCCCUCAGUACAUCCUCAUCACCAUCGGGGAGGUGUUGUUCUCGGUGUCCGGCAUGGACUUCGCCUACUCCCAGGCCCCGAUGGCAAUGAAGUCCAUCCUGCAGGCGGCCAACCUCUUCACUGUCACAGUAGGAUUGUGGCUUUUCGCUGGCCUGACGAGUGUGAGCGCCGCCACGGGGGCUUUCCAGCACCGCGCUUCUCACGAGGCCUUCCUGUACGCAGGGCUCAUGGCUGUCAACACCAUCGUGUUUGUCAUGCUGGUCAAGAGAUUCUACAAUUUACCUAAGGUCGACGACAAGGAGAGGGAGGCGAUAAGUGAAACACCAGAGCGAGAACAGCCGCCACAACCCGCCUCCCACGACAAUCCAGCUUUCGUCGACGACCACUCAGUGUAGGUAGAUCACAAGUAGAGGCAGGAGCGAGGCGAUCUUUGGUGAGUCUAUGGUCAAUGUCGACUUUGUGAAAGAUGUACAUUACUUGUGGUUCUCUGGUAGAGGACUCUUCAAGGGUGCUGCUACUUCCAUACUUUGUCCCUGCAAUUUGUAUGAAGUAUCUGCUCCUGAAUGUCGAGUUUUUAGAACAAAAUUCCAAAAUUCGAUAUUCCCGAGUGGAUGCUUGUUCCAGGUUGCUAUUUAUUUUAAAUUUUGUAUCUGUAAAAUGUUCUCAUCGAAUGUCGAUGGUUUGGAACAUUCAUGAAAAUCUUCAACAUUUGAAGAUAUUCAGUUUAUACAUCUCCAUUCAAGGUUGUCAAAAGCUGAUUGUAUGGCAGAUUUUUACAGUUGUUGUUGUUGUUGAUGUAUGAGUGAGAUAGAAAAAUAAACGUGUAAAGUUGUGUGGCUGGCAACAAGAGAGUUCUUUAUGCACCGGAGUGAAUCGAUAUAGAAGUGCAUUAGAUCAGUGUUGUGGUCAGCAUUAUUUUAAUAGUAACAGUCAGCGGGCCAAGUGACGAACGAAAGUUACAGUUCACUAAUAACCGCAGAACAGGUGUUGUAAUAUACUGAGUAACGUAAUAUAGGUCGACACACAAAUACAGUACAGUAUUUAUUUAAACAAUACAGUAUGCUAUAUGUUGACAUUAGUUAUUCACGACAAUGUUAAAUCAGUUAUACAAUAUGCUUGUAUAAUGUAAAUAUGACUAUUUUCCUUCAGAAUGACACUGCUACUUAGAGCAGAGAAAAUUUAUGAUUCCAUUUAUUUUAAUCACUAAAAGUGUGUUUGGUUAAUAAUUAAUGGUAAUAUUUUGACUGACUGGAUCAGUAAUAAUGAAAUUCCUAUUAAAAUAAUUACAAUUAUUAUUAUUUUACGGGUCUCGUCAAACGUCUGGCUGAUCAUAAAUAAACAAUCAUUACUGUUUAAUAGUUUUGUGUAUUGUUUUAUUCGUAAGAUGAGGAAGAAGGAACUGUGUUGAGGAAACAUUAUACAGUACAGUAUUUUAAUAAAGUUGUGAGGCCAUUAAUCGGUCUUUAUAGUACCAUCAAAACCGUUUUAUCGGAAAUUGUCUUGUAAAUAGAUAAAAAAUUACCAUUGCAAUAAACAUUGUUGC